AUGAUGAUCACAGCAUCAGGUCCCAAAGUCGACCCUGGUCCUGCAAAUGCACAGAGAAUCUCAAAGUAAAAAGUCGACAGGGUAUGAAGCUGAACUACAAGAUGAUCACUCGAUAUUGCAGGCGAUCCAGUUUUACACGAUACGCAAAUAGGAUAAUUAAUAACGGCAUUUUUCAAGGCGAAAUGAUGGGCAGCAUUAAUUAAUUAUCGCUCUCUACAUUUCGCAUGAACCAGGAGAAAUAACCGCUAGGUAUAAUUAGUAAUCAGGCGCUAAGUACGAAAACUCUCCGUCUCCCACAUCUAGCAGCACCGUCGAUUUCUCGUAGGGGGAGGCGUAUAAUGCGCACAGCCUUCCCAUUGGUCGACAGUUGCACCGACUGGCGGAGCUUUCGAACCGGCGGUGGUGGGGAUUCAACAAGAAUAGAAUGGAUGUAGGGAGUUCUUGUGAGAAUCAUAAUAUCGUGAGACGCCAACAGAAGUAGAUCGUUAUUGUUCUGGUGGGUGUAUAAGUUGUAUGCUAGUGUCAAGUGAAAACCGUCAAACUGUUCUCGCCGACGGAAGAUAUGUUGACUAUGGAAACGGACCUCAAGGGAGGUAGUCUCCACGCAAAUAUGCCCCCUCAUCAUACUUUACAAUCGUACGGAAGCCUCGGUGGUUUAGGACAAGCACCGAUGCACAAUCUGGGCCAGCAUCCGCACCAGUUGCACCAUCAUCAGCAGGCCCCUCAGAUGCAGCACCACCAUCAAGCGCAGCAUCAGAGCCCGCAUCAAACUGCCCAUCAUCAGCAAGUCCAACAAGAGGUAACUAACAACAAUAACAAUACCCCGAAGCCGCAGAACAUCGAGCGCGUGAAAAGACCAAUGAACGCAUUCAUGGUAUGGUCCAGGGGACAGAGGAGGAAAAUGGCCCAGGAAAAUCCCAAAAUGCAUAACAGCGAGAUUUCUAAGAGAUUGGGUGCCGAAUGGAAGCUGUUGAGUGAGAGCGAAAAACGGCCGUUCAUCGAUGAAGCGAAGAGGUUGAGGGCGCUUCAUAUGAAAGAACAUCCGGAUUACAAGUACAGGCCUAGAAGGAAGACCAAGAACUCGUUGAAGAAGGACAAGUACCCUCUUGGCGCUACCAGUGUUCUGCAGAAUUCGGACGUUUCGCGUGCUAUGCCAACGUCAGCGGUGCAACAAGUUACGGCCAGAGACGUUUAUUCGAUGCCCAAUGGGUAUAUGCCCAACGGGUAUCUGAUGCAUCAUGAGGCUUCCGCGUAUCAGCAACAGUACAGUAGCGCGAGUUAUGGAAGAUACGACAUGGGACAGAUGCAGCACGGUGCGUACAUGAACGGUGGUUACGGACAUUACGGUGCACCGACAGUGCCGACCAGUGCCGGUUCUCCUUACGCCAUGCAACAAGCAAGUUCCUCGCACAGCCCUUCUGGUUCCAGUAUAAAAUCUGAGCCUGUUUCGCCUUCUUCUGGUCUACACACUCCAACCCCCGUCGGAAUCAAACGCGAAUACGUUGGACAGCAGCAGCAAGGCGACUUGCGACAGAUGAUCUCGAUGUACCUUCCCCACGACGCGGUGCCACCCAUGGAUCAGUACGGGUCCUCGCAGGGUCCCUUAGGUCCCGGACAUUUGUCGCACAUGUGAGAAACGAUGUUCGCGGCCGAUCUCGAGAUGCCGCAGAUGUGAAAACGUGUAAAUAUGGACCUCUGGAUGUGUAAAUAUGUAACAAGCCUGUAAAUAUUCGUAAGUUGAUCGUGGAUUUUAUGUUGCAAAAGAUCGCACUCUCUUCUCUCAUUCUACUAAGUCCGGUAAGUGAUUUGUAGCAUUGGCGAUAUUCCAUUUUCGCUCAUGAGUACAAAGUUUUUUAUGGAUCGAGUUCUAAGUUCAAUUAGGACUUCGAUGGUAUCGUUUUUCGGAUGCUACAAACACUCGAGUUCUAGUAGAAUGCGAUCGGAACUGUCGUGAGCACAAGAUGUACGAAGAAACAUUUUUAGUCUUGAUUGUUGCAAGAGUUUUUAGUCCUUUUCUUCUAGUUUUUUAUUUAAUCAGUUCGAAAUUUUUUUCAAUUGGCAUGAAUGAGGAGAAAUUGGGUGAAAUAUCAUUGACCUAAUUUUGUACUUAUCUUUGUUUUUACUUGAACAAUGCUCAACUUCUCAUGAAAUAUUUAUUCGAAUCCAUUUAAACUAGGCUGAUUCUUGUAAAAUCAAAACAUCUAAUCAUACAUUUUGUACACUUUCUCCUCAUAAGUCCACUUUCCAUUAUUAUUUAUUUGAACUCACAAAAAAAAAAUGCAAUAUUCUCCGUGAAAUGAAUAUAUAUCUUCUUUUAUAUACUUAGAUCAUUUCUUGUCAUCAUGAAUCGAUUUUCGAUUACCUAUCUUUGACUUGCAUCCAUGAGACGAGAAUUAAAAAAUUUAAAUGAAAAUUGCAAUAUUCUCCAUGAAAAUAUUCGUUUUUAAUGUUUUGUACGCUUCGUUCUCUUCAUGAGAAUAUUUCAUUAAUAUAUGUCAUUUGACUUCACAGGAUAAGAAAUUUAUUUGAUGACAGUUUUCACGGCUUUUCAGAGCUUUAAUUUUUGCUGGGUAGCAUAGACUCAAAGUGAAUCAAUACUUUUUUCGCUUAAAUUGUCAUAUGUAUAUAAAGUUCCUCUUAUUUCUCUAUCAAAUUCUCUUUUUACCUUGUUUCUCUGGCUCACGCAAUGAAAAUUAUCAUUUAUGUACAUUUUAAAAUUGAAAAACCCGUGAUCUGUUAUCAAAUGAUAAUUUAUUUUGUAUUUAACGAAAUUUUUUUACAAAUCAAGUAUCAAGAGUACCUAUAUGAGGUAAUAAUAUUUAAAAUCAUUUAUAUCUUUUUUUUGUGUAUUGUAAAUCAUCAAAAAAUCCGAAUAUAACAUGUUCAAUUAGUGCAACAGUGUUAUUUCGACCGACGUUAUAUAUUUUGUAUAGUAUUAUGUUAAUGAUGAAUUUUGAUCUUUUCAUUGUACCGUUGAUUGUUAAAAACAAUGUUAAUAUCAAAAUUACCUUUCCAAUCUGUGAUCUUUCGGAUAUAUAGCUUUUAUGAAUUUACGAUAGUGUUGUUUGUUUCGAUUAAGUAUCACAUACGAGCUUUGUAUAUAUUUAUUAUUGUGAAGUCUUUCAUUUGAACUGUACAGUGUGUUUAGUGACUGGAACAAAUCUGUAAAUAUAAUUGAAAUUAAGAAGUU